GACGGCAGGUCCGAAUGGGAAGAUGGGUGUCGAGCUCGUGGUUGAUCUCAUUGAUCAUGACCUUAACAGGUGGAGGGUCGAUGUGCUGAAUUUGUUGUUCCCCCCUGAAGAGGCGAGGGCCAUUCAAGCUAUACCGUUGCAAAGAAGACUGACGAAAGAUUCCCUCUGCUGGAAUUUAAAUGCCGAUGGAAACUACAGUGUAAGAUCUGGUUAUAACCUUGCAACUCAAGAACCAGCAAGCGAACCCGAGGAAGAAGAGGAGGAGAUACAAGAUUUGCAGGCACCAUCAAGCCCGGAUUGGGAGGCCAUGUGGAAAGUGAACUCUCCACCUAAGGUUCAUGGAGUGCGGCUG